UUCCAUCGGAAGCAUAUGUGAUUUUAUUCUUUCGGCGAACUUUUAUCUUGCUUGAGAAAGACUCUUUUCCGAGGAAAAAAAUUAGCUAGAUAAAAAAGCGUAAAAAUCUUCCAAAAAGAGAGGGGGAAAAAAUCAUUAUCCUCCAAUAAAAUUUCAUCAUUUCAUAAAGAAGAUAAAGUUUACAUUCCAAUUCCAUUUCUUUUUCAUUAAUCAAUUAGAUUCCAGUGGGAGGCUGGUGGUGUUAUAGCUCUUUUCUUUCUUCUUUUUGUGCUGUGGAUGAACAUUCAUGCUCCACUGGCUUCCUCUUGUCCGCCUAUUAAGUUGCUGGGUGAGUGGGUUCUGAUUCUCCCACUUCCUCCUUUAACUAGUUGACAAACCCAUGUAGAAUUUUUCACUCAAAAGAGACAAUUACUCUAUGUCAAGAGAAUACUUUCAUUGUAACGGCCUCAAGCAUUUAUUUGUUGGGUGGUCAUAUCACUAAUCUUUUUAACGUUUCAUUUGCUUGAAAAAGUCAAUAUUCAUAAGGGAAAGUUGGUGGAAUUAAAAACCCUACUUGCUUUUACAACUAAUCUUGUUUAAGAGUCUAAUACCAUAACAUCACAACUACCCACUGUCUUGCUUGUCAAUUCUUCUCCAACCCUUUGAAACACCGCGUUUCAGUUACUGCGCUCUGUCGCUUGGCAAGCUGAAACAAUCUUCUUUAUCAUCCUUAUCUUUCUCUGCGGUGGUUUAUAUGGAGGAGCAACGACUAGAUAGUGAAACAGAUAAGAAAGAAGCAAAGCUACCGAUACCCGGAAAGAGAAACAUACUAAUAACCAGCGCUUUGCCUUACGUCAACAACGUCCCUCAUCUUGGCAACAUAAUUGGCUGUGUUUUAAGUGCUGAUGUUUUUGCUCGUUACUGCCGACUCCGUGGCUAUAAUAUUGUUUACAUAUGUGGGACUGAUGAAUAUGGUACGGCCACUGAAACUAAGGCUAUGGAGGAGAAUUGUACCCCGCAACAGAUUUGCGAUAAAUACCAUGCAAUACACAAAGCAGUUUACGAUUGGUUUAAUAUAAGUUUUGAUGAAUUUGGACGCACAUCAACUCCUCAGCAAACUGAAAUUUGCCAAGCAAUUUUCAAGAAAUUGUUGGAAAACAAUUGGCUUUCUGAAAAUACAAUGCAGCAGCUUUACUGUGAUAAAUGUGAGCGAUUCUUAGCUGACCGGCUUGUGGAAGGCGCCUGCCCAACUCUUGGCUGCAAUUAUGAUUCUGCUCGGGGGGAUCAAUGUGAAAAGUGUGGAAGACUGUUGAAUCCAACUGAACUUAUAGAUCCUAGAUGCAAGGUAUGUCAGAUGACUCCAAGAAUUCGUGAUACAAAUCACUUGUUUUUGGAGCUCCCACUGAUUAAAGAUAAACUGGAAGAAUAUAUCAGUAACAUGUCAGUUGCUGGAUCUUGGAGCCAGAAUGCUGUGCAAGCCACAUAUGCAUGGCUCAAAGAAGGGCUGAAACCUCGCUGCAUUACCAGGGAUCUUAAGUGGGGUGUUCCUGUUCCACAUGAAAAAUUUAAGGAUAAGGUCUUCUAUGUAUGGUUUGAUGCACCUAUUGGUUAUAUCUCUAUUACUUCAUGUUAUACUUCUGAUUGGAAGAAGUGGUGGAACAACCCUGAAAAUGUGGAGCUAUAUCAAUUUAUGGGAAAGGACAAUGUGCCAUUCCACACCGUUAUGUUUCCAUCCACACUUCUUGGGACUGGAGAAAACUGGACACUAAUGAAGAGCAUUAGUGUUACAGAGUACUUAAACUAUGAAGCAGGAAAGUUCUCCAAGAGCAAGGGAGUAGGAGUUUUUGGCAAUGAUGCCAAAGAUACAAAUAUUCCUGCUGAAGUGUGGAGAUAUUAUUUGCUAACUAACAGGCCAGAGGUCUCAGAUACACUGUUUACAUGGGAGGACUUCCAAGCAAAAUUAAAUACUGAGUUGCUGAAUAAUUUGGGAAAUUUUGUUAACCGAGUAUUGAGCUUCAUUAUCAAACCUCCAGGACGAGGAUAUGGAUCUGUCAUUCCUGAUGCUCCAGAGGCAGAUUUACACCCCUUAACAAAGGCGUUAGCUGAAAAACUCGGAAACUACAUUGACCAAUAUGUAGAAGCCAUGGAGAAGGUUAAACUUAAGCAAGGACUCAGAAUUGGAAUGAGCAUCUCAAGUGAGGGGAAUGCAUAUCUGCAAGAGAGCAAGUUCUGGAAGCUUUACAAUGAAGAUAAAGCUUCCUGCUCUGUCGUUAUAAAAACUUCGGUGGGGCUAGUUUACCUUCUAGCAUGUCUGUUAGAACCUUUCAUGCCCUCAUUUUCUCUGGAGGUACUGAAACAACUUAAUUUUCCCAUUGAUAAACAAUUUUCGCUUUCUGAUGAGACUGGGAGUCUGGAGAGGGCAAGAAAGCCAUGGGAGCUUAUACCUGUUGGUCAUAGAAUUGGGACACCAUCUCCACUAUUUAAGGAAAUGAAAGAUGAGGAUGUCAAGUUGUUCAGGGAGAAGUUUGCUGGAACGCAAGCUGAUAGAGCUGUAAAGGCAGAAGCUGAAGCGAAAAAGAUAGCUGAACAAUUGAAGGAAACAAAAAUCUCUGGACCAUCAGAUUGAUUUUGUAGUUGGAAAAUACUAAUAAAAUUAUGCAUACAAACAAUGAUAUGUUAUAAUGUGAUUGAAUUUUUUUUAUAUUUAAUUUUGAACUGUUUAUUCGUAUAAUAAUACGUUAUUGUUUAUACAUAAAAUUGUAUACAAAAAAUUAUAUACUUAACACUAUUCAAAAAAUAAAGGAUCAUUUGUAUUGUGUUGUUA